AUGAAGAACACAGGGCCACUCUAUCUUAGCAUCAUAAAUCGUCCUAAAUCAGCAGAUGUUUGGUACACCAAAGUUCGAAUGGGACAAAACACCAUCGGCAAUUUAAUGAAAUCCAUGGCCUCCUGUCUCAGGACAAAUAAGAAGCUGACGAACCACAGCAUGAGGAAAACAUUGGUAUCAAAACUGAAGAAGUCUGGUCAACCGCGCAAUGUUAUCUGUGAAAUAACGGGCCAUGCACGUGAAUCUUCGUUAGACGACUACGAUGAAAUAGACGAGAAUCACAGGAAAGAACUGUCUCACAUUAUCAGUGGAUAUAAAGAAGUGUCAAACGAAAAUCAAGCAAACGAAGUCUCCCGCCAAAACACUGCAAAUGAAGCCUCAAAUCAAGAGAUUGCAGUCCAACAUAAACGAACACCUCUGGUUCCUAUUUAUCACGUCCAACAACAAGGCCAAAUGCAUCAGGCCAUGGGCUCCAAUCCUGGUUUUCAGCCGGCUGAAUUUUCAGGAUUUCCACCACGUUUUCCGUUGCAGUCUCAGUACCGCAUAGAAGCCUUCAGUUGUGCUGCUCCCGUUCCAUCGCAGAAUUACACAGGCUGCACCUUCAAUUUCUUCUCUAGAGACAGCCAAAAUUCUCCACCCCAACCACAGAAGAAACGAAGA